UUGCUAAUUGUAAUAAAAUAUUCCUAUAAUUUUUUCUUUUCUGAAAGUUGAUUUUAUAUAGGAAGAAUUUAAAAGUUUAACGAUCAUUGGAAAGAAUUUAAACAAUUUGUCAGCAUGAGCAAGUGGAAAACAUAUCUGUUGUGGUUUGCACAAGAACACACAGAAUUUCGUUUUUCGGAAAUCAACUCGCUGCUUUCACUUUUUAAUAUAGAAAUGAAAUUUGUUCAACAACCAAAAGAUAUAGAACCAUAUUGGAUUGUUGAAUUUAACUCAGAAGAGGAUGUAAAACUAUUGGCCAGUAGGUCUGUAUCUUUAAGGAAUUGCUUGGAAUUGUGGGCACAUGCUAAUACAGUUCCAGAACUACACAAUAAGAUGAAAAAAUACCCCCAUAAUUUGCUCCAAUCACAUUUUAACCCUAACAAGUCUUUCAAGAUCGAAGUAGAGACAUUUUGUAGACAUUUUACACAAAAGGAAAAAGUUGAGAAAUUAGAGGCUUUUAGCUACUUACCUGUUUUAGGAUCAGUUAAUUUGAAGAAUCCUGAUACAACAUUACAAUAUAUUGAAUAUUAUGGCAUCAGAGCCAACGAUCCCCCAGAAUUACCGUAUGAUGUAUUUUUUGGAAAAUGGAUAGCCAAUGGAUUGCGUCAGUUAAUCAAAAAAUUAUCACUCAAAACGAGAAAAUUCAUUGGAAAUACAAGUAUGGAUGCUCAACUGUCCCUGUUGAUGGCGAAUCAAGCAAAAAUAAAAGAAGGGGAUAUUGUAUUAGAUCCGUUUGUGGGAUCUGGCUCUCUUUUAGUAGCAGCUGCUCAGUUUGGUGGUUAUGUUCUUGGUACAGACAUUGAUUACUUAAUGCUUCAUGCAAGGACAAGGCCUUCCAGAAUAUCUCAGAAGUCUAGAGCAAAAGAUGAAAGCAUAAGGGCCAACAUGGAGCAGUAUAACUUACAGCACAGAUAUUUAGAUGUAAUGGUCAAUGAUUUUUCCAUGUCCUUCUGGAAAAACAACUUUAAGUUCGACGCCAUUUUAACUGAUCCACCUUAUGGAAUUAGAGAAUCCACUGAAAGAAUAGGAACCACUAGAGAAAAUUACAAAAUAAAAGAAGAGCAUUUACCAACACACAUUCCAGCGAAAAUCGAUUAUGGCAUUUCUAAUAUAUAUAAAGAUAUAUUGUUGUUUUCAGCUAAGCAUUUAAAGAUUGGAGGAUGUGUUGUAUGUUGGUUUCCAGUCUUCAGGGAAGACUAUGAUGAAAAAUGUCUACCCUCGCAUCCUUGCUUUAAAUUAGUAGCAAAUUGUGAACAGGUUCUAACAAAGGUCACCUCUAGGAGAUUAUUAACCUUUGAGAAAAUUAAAGAUCCAUCUCAGGAAGAAUUGGAAACAUACGACCACGAUAUUACUGAUUUUAGGGAAAAAUAUUAUGUUGCUAGAGAAGAGACUAGAAAAGAACGGAGGACAAAGGAAGCUAAAAUAAGGGAGGAAGAUAGAAAGAAAUAUGAAGGGGCAAAGAAAGGUGGUUAAUGUGUUGUUUUAUUAAAUUUUUUUAUACUUUUUAUUUGUUUUUUAUAUAAAAAUCUUGUCCAUA